AUGAAGCUCAAUCCAAAGAGAUGCGUAUUUGGAGUCAAAGGUGGGAAGUGCCUCGGAUUCCUUGUGGAUGAAAGGGGAAUAGAAGCAAAUCCUGACAAAAUACAGGCGCUCCUCGACAUGAAAUCCCCCCGGUCAGUCAAGGAAGUCCAAAGACUCACUGGAUGCAUAGCAGCCCUCGGCAGGUUCUUGUCCCGAUCGGCCGAUAAAAGUCUGGCUUUCUUCAAAGUACUGAAAGGAGCGGGGUUUAGUUGGAAUGCCGAAGCCGAGGCCGCUUUCCAACAACUGAAGGCGCAUCUCUCGACCAUUCCCAAGUUGGUCUCGCCAUUAGCAGGGGAAACUUUAUACCUUUACUUGGGCAUCACUGAGUAUGCACUUAGCGCGGUCCUUGUCGCCGAAAGAGAGAAACAGCAACACCCAGUAUACUUCAUCAGCCAUGCAUUCCGAGGAGCAGAAGCCAAGUACCCACUCAUUGAGAAAUUGGUAUACGCCCUAGUAAUGGCCAGUCGAAAACUCAAACCAUACUUCCAGGCACAUCCAAUCAAGGUACUGACAAGCCAACCUCUGAGAAAGGUCAUUGAGAGUCGAAAUCACUCGAACCGCAUGACUGAAUGGGCAAACCAGCUCUCGGAUUUCGGCCUGGAAUAUGAGCCGAGAAGGGCAAUCAAAGCACAAGCCCUUGCCGAUUUUAUCGUCGAAUGCACCAAUCGGCCACCCGAAAGAGAAACGACGAGCCAAAAGUCGUGGGAACUCUAUGUUGAUGGGUCGGCCACUAGGACAGGAUGUGGAGCGGGCAUACUGAUCAAAACACCCAACGGUGAUCGGCUCGAAUAUGCUGUUAAGUUCUCAUUCCUAGCCUCCAAUAAUGAGUCAGAGUAUGAAGCGCUCAUCCUCGGAAUUCAAAUGUGUCAAGCCGCGGGGGCUGUCUCUGUGCAAGCCAAGUCCGACUCACAACUCAUUGUCGGACAAAUUCAAGGGGAUUUCGAAGCUAAAGAAGACAGCAUGAAAAUGUACCUGUCAAAGGCAAGGAAAGUCAUCGACCAACUGCAGGGUUUCACCAUCCAACACAUUCCCCGGUCAGAAAACCAACAAGCCGAUGCCCUUUCAAGGUUAGCGAGUUCCGCAGAGGGGAUGGAGCCUAGGACAAUUAUUUGGGAAGUUCUCCAAGAGCCUAACAUAAAUGUCGAGGCAUUCAUGAGCUUAGACAGAGGUCCAGAUUGGAUGGAGAAAAUCAUAAAGUACAAAAGAGACAACGUGCUCCCUGACAGUGAAAAAGAGGCGGCAUCGAUCAAGAAGCAAGCAGAUUGGUUCCUUUGGCAUGAUGAGGCUCUCUACAAGAUUUCAUACACCCACCCCUUGCUCAAAUGUGUCACCCCAGAGGAAGGAAAUUACAUACUCCGGGAAAUACAUCAAGGGGCGUGCGGGAGCCACCAAGGGGCAAGAACCAUUGCAGGAAAAGCGCUCCGGUCGGGUUUCUAUUGGCCAACUUUAAGAAAUGAUGCAACAGACCUAGUUAAAAGAUGUGUCGAUGCCAAGAGUUUGCUAAUCUCACCCGAAUGCCGGCCAAUGACCUAA